GUCUGCAUUUCGGCCCAAACCAGACCUUUUCUUGGGAACGCAAAGAAUCGCGGAGUUGGGAAGAAGACUCGCGUGUGUUUCAUUCAAUAUUUUCACAGUGCUCUGAAAUCGCGUGACAAAUUGAUGGAAAAAUUUUAUCACAUGUAAAAAUUUCACUGGUGUUUUCAACCUCUUAUUUCGGAUGAUGAAGAUCUUCACCUUCAAUUUAAAGUGCUCUGUUUCCAAUUGGCACAUUGAGUCACUGGCGCUCAUCUGCUGUUGUGGCAUUGUUUAAUUUUGGGUGAAGGAGUUAAUGUGCGAUUCGCGGGAAAUUAAUAUAUUGUGUUUUUUUCCACUAUCGCGCGCGCGGAGAGUUAAUGUCGAUUGAUAAGUCGAAAAAUAUAUAAUUCCAGCAAAUAGACAAAAAGUGAGAGAGAAUUAUGCAACACAAUUAAUCGUUUUGUCUGAAAUUUGUGGACGAAACAAAGAUCUUGACCAAAAAUCUUGACCAAGCGUGCCUCAAGCAGAUAUAAAGUGGAUUGUAAAAAAAAAAGAAUCUCUUUCCCUAUCACAAGCACACGCCUUUGAUAAUCUCAAGCAAAAUGUACACUGGAAUUAGUGGCGAAGCGCCGCCAGAGGAUUUUAGUGAAGAAUUUCCUGCGAUACUUCCAAUAUUGAAGCGACAAGUUCGAGGAUUUUGUGACAAAUCGACGCUGCUUAAGAGAUUUCCUGUGCUAAGUUGGCUGCCGAAAUAUCAACUGAACUAUUUGUUCUCUGACUUUGUUGCUGGACUGACUGUUGCUUUGACGGCAAUUCCACAGGGAAUAGCGUAUGCUGUUGUCGCCGGACUUGAGCCUCAAUAUGGACUCUAUUCUGGAUUUAUGGGGUGUUUUAUGUACUUCAUCUUUGGCAGCUGCAAAGAUAUUACAAUUGGUCCAACUGCCAUCAUGUCCUUGAUGGUGGCUCACUACGUCACGGCGAGUCCUGAUUAUGCAGUAUUGAGCUGCUUCUUGAGCGGCGUUGUGAUUUUCCUUCUGGGCGUGUUGAAUCUGGGCUUCCUGGUGCAAUUUAUCUCCAUUCCGGUGACGGCAGGAUUCACCUCAGCCGCCGCCAUUACGAUUGCCAGCACACAGCUGAAGUCCCUCUUCGGCUUGCCGGGUCAGGCCAACGACUUCAUCGAGGCGUGGAGCAAUUUCUUCCAUCAUAUCAGUGAUAUUAAGCUCUGGGACACACUUCUAGGCGUCUGCACUGUAGCAUUUCUCCUAGUCCUGAAGCGACUCAAUAGCAUUCAGCGCUGGCGGCUGUUCUUCAGAUACUUCUCACUGUCGAGAAAUGCCAUUGCUGUUAUCACAGGCACUGUUUUGGCGUAUCUUCUGUACAAAUAUCACGAUGACACGCCCUUCACGCUCACGGGGAAUGUGGCUUCGGGUCUGCCACCGUUCAGACCACCGCCAUUCACCACUGUUGUGGCCAACGAAACUGUCUCCUUCAGCGAAAUGAUCCACACUUUGGGCUCGGGAAUUGUGGCCAUUCCGUUGGUGUCAAUUCUCGAGAGUGUCGCAGUGGCCAAAGCCUUCUCAAAGGGAAAAACCGUGGACGCCACACAGGAGAUGAUCGCCCUUGGCAUGUGCAACAUCAUGGGCUCCUUCGUCCUCUCGAUGCCCAUCACGGGCUCCUUCACGAGGACAGCGGUGAAUAACACCAGUGGCGUUCGCACGACACUCGGCGGUGUGUUCACGGGUGUGAUAAUUCUGCUGGCUCUGGGCUUUCUCGCCCAAACCUUCUACUUCAUCCCCAAGACGACUCUCGCCGCCGUCAUCUUGGCCGCCAUGUUCUCAAUGGUGGAGUACGAGUUGCUGUUCAAGCUGUGGCGCACGCGUCGCAUUGAGGUGAUCCCCUUCAUGGUCACCCUGAUAUCCUGCCUCAUCCUCGGACUGGAGUAUGGCAUUGUCAUUGGCGUGGCGGUGAAUCUCCUCUUUGUCCUGUACACCACCGCGCGACCCGCGACGGCGCACGAUGUGCGCAAGAUCCUAGACACGGCGCUGCUGGAGAUCUCACCGGAUCAGAGUCUGGUGUUCUCCGCCGCGGAGAAUUUCAAGUACAAGGUGCUCAAGUACACACUCGAUGCACCGGACACAGUGUCCCUGAUCAUCAUCAAUGGACACUACGUGCAGAGCAUCGACGUGACUGUGGCGAUGAACCUCAACACACUGGUGGCGGAUCUCAAGAUCCUGGGCAAGGCCAUCGUGUUCUGGAACUGGCCACGGCAAGCUGUGGCGCUCGCGUGGCGCCUCAGUCCAGAAUUUGGUGUCCUGUUCAAGCGGUCAGACAAUGUGGAGGAUCUAGUCAAAUUGUGGCACCACGAGAAGCAGGACUACAUCAAUGGCGUCACGUGCAAUUGAUGUCCAGA